AUGUCCCUGGCUUCGCAAGCACCUGAUCUUUAUUCAGUGCAGGUUCCUCGCGGUCUAUCCCGGUUUCACCAGCAGCAUUCUGAUCCCCGGAACCAAUGCCGUAGCCCAGGAACUGGGGAUCUCUUCUCAAACAGCGACAUAUCCCAUCGCCGUCCACGCCCUCUUCCUCGGACUCGCUCCGUGUUUCUGGAUCACCUGCAUGAAGGCUAUCCUGAUUACAAGCACCUUGUUGUGUUUCGCUGCGCUGGGCGGAGGGUUCGCGAAGACCUAAGGGGUCUCAUGACGGCCCGUGUGUUCCAGUCCCUCCGCAUCCCCGCCGGGUUCGUCUUUCCCGGCGUGAUUGUGGUGGAUAUUUUUUCGGAAGAAUAA